CCUUUUCCGUCAUGCGUUUUUGUCGGUAUUGAAAUCAAAACAUUUGUAGACACAUGAAUCGUGCGUUAAGGGGAAUUUACCUUUCUGUUUUAACUGUCCUCUGUUGAGUUUCGAAAGGUACUUAUUUUAAUAUCUACAUAUAUAUAUUUGAUUAUGGCUACACAACAAGCUGUUCUUGAAGAGAAUUGUAGUUAUUUUCAUUCUGUUAUCAAAAAAUGGAUUUCAGGCACAUUCACCCUUCGAGAACAUUCUUAUCAAUUCCAGGGACAGGAAAAUAAGAAUAAAAUCAAUAUGCAUAUUCCUCUGAGUACUAUUUGCGGCAUAGAGAAAAGGCAAUCUAGUUUUAUUUAUGCAUGUCUUGUUAUAACUAUUGGUUCCGAAAAACACUGGUUUUCUUCAUUUCCAAAUAGAGACACUGUUUAUAAUUUGUUAGAAUUGUUUUGGAGAGGAUCAUUACUGUCCAAAUCUUACAAGACAAGCUCUCCAAAACCAAAAGGCGAUACACCCUUAGGUAAAGAGUUGUUGAGUAUUUUGCAUGAAUCGGAAUCAAAUUUGGUAACUGCUGCAAAUGCACUUGUAGAUCAAGGAAGGCAAUUACAGGAGUCUCAAGUUGUUUUAGAAGAUGUAAAUACAGACUUAGCUAAAGCUGAGAAGGUUUUAAAAACAUUCAACUUCACUCAAUCCAUACUAGCAGUCAAGCAGUCGCAAUCAUCUGAAGUAGAAGAGAUUAAAACUGCAGAAGCUGUUCGACAGAAACACUAUAAAGUUACUUUUACUUUUUCAAAGACAUCUAAAGAGAAUUGGGAAAAGGGUACUUUGAUUAUUGCUGAUGAAAUUGUUUUGUUGGAUGAACACCAAAAUAGGAGAAUAGUGAUUAAUAGAGAUACUUUGGAAAAAUUUCAGAUCAUAACACCUUGGGAAUUUUGUUUAGUAUAUUCUUCAGAGUGGGUUUCUAAGUCAUGUUUCAUUAUGUGUCCUCAACUUUCAGGACUUCUAAAAUAUUUGAAUUCUAUUCCUAAUCUAAAAACUAAAAUUGUGUUUGAAGAAAGCACAGAAGAAAUACCUUCUUGUUCAAGUAAUCUGCCCAAUGAUUUCAAGCUUUUGCCUCUAUCUUCUGAUGAGUCCAUUCAAACGGGAUCCAGCCUAUCAUAUCCAAAUUCUGCACAAAUACAAUCAUUAGCUGAAGAAGGUGUCAUUUCAGAUGGAGAUAUAGAAGAAAUAUCUAGUGUGUUGAACAAUCUUCAAGUCUUGGCCUCAGAAGUCAGUUGGGAGCAAAAGCAGCAGAUGGAGCAAAUUAACUCACUUAUUACUGAUGUUGAAAAAACUGAACUUAGAAUGAAAACAGAUAUUAAGAAUAUUAAGAAAGUGACAUAAAAAAUGUUAUAGUUUUAACACUUAUAUGUUUGAAUAUUUUUUUUUGGCAAUAAGAACUUUUUAAAAUUCUUUUGGCCCUUAAUUUGUCUUGGAAAAUAUUAAGGUUGUCAUUGAAAAGCAUGUGGGGGAUUGACCAUAUUAUCUGUUGCUUCAUUGUUGAAAAAUGAAUACAUUGCUUAUGAUUUUAUUUUAUUUUAUUUAUACAAAUUGAAAAUAACAUUUACUUCAUUAGAAUUGUUAAGAUUAUUUUGAAAUACUUUUAUUAGAAAUAUUUUAGUAUAAAUAUUUAUCAGAAUUCAUAUUUAUAGAUAUUACAUGUUGCUGUUUUUAUGUGUUACAGUGAAUUUGUGUUUGCUCGCACAUAAUUAAAAUUCAAAUCUAUCUCAAUACCAAAUCAGCAUUGAGUUAAAAGCAUGUUACAUAAACAAAAAGAUAAUGUGUAUUUUCUCACAUUUCUUUAAUGUUUUCACAUUAGUAAAAUAUUUUUUGUUGGGAGUUUCUUGACUCGCAUCUUAUGAAGUGAAGUGCAUUAGAUUCUAGGUGCUGUUCACAAACUCAAAAUUAAUUUAAUGUUCUAUUAAAUAUUGCUCAUAUUAUUAGAUAUUUGUGCUUGGUUUUUGCAUUUUAAAUAAAUUUGCUUACAAUUAAUUAAAAACUGUCAUCUUGUAAUAAAGAUUUUUUUAUAUAAGAUACAUACACAUAAUCUUUGAAUUUCAUAUGCAUGUAUGUAUUUUUCAGCCAGUGACAAUAUAAAUCUUGUGAUAUCAAAUUCUACCUGUUUUGUCUCCUACUAUGAGUCUGUCAUUUUCCACGAUGAUUUAUAUAGAAUAAGUUGUGAAGUUUU